UGAAUUGAAACGUGCCAUUGAUUACCGCAAUACGGUUGUCGAAACGACUUUUCCACUUGAGAAAAACAUUCGCGAAAAAUUAAAUUUAUCUUAGAAAAGUGAUAAAUUUUUGUAAAUAAAUUUAUGAUAGAGUGUUAAAUGUUACGAUUAUUAGUACUCACUGCAGUGACAAAUGUUUUAAGAGUCAAUUGCAGUACAAGCGCCACAACGAUGUAUAAGGCCGUAGAUUUCGAGGUAUUUGGCCGGGUGCAAGGAGUUUUCUUCCGGAAGUACACAAAGGAUCAGGCUGAGAAGCUUGGGCUGCGAGGAUGGUGCAAGAAUACGUCACAGGGCACCGUCCAGGGACAAAUGCAAGGCCCGCCAGACAAGGUGGAGACUAUGAUUAAUUGGCUGAAGACCACCGGAAGCCCAAGCAGCAGAAUAGAUAAAGCUGAAUUUAAAAACCAAAAGGAAAUUUCAGAAUAUACAUUCGAUAAUUUCAGUAUUGUUAAAGAUUAACGAGUUUUAAAAAUCUCAGUAGAUUAGCACAGAGUUGCUUUAUCAACAUUAAAUGUGGCUCCAAGGAAAGCCGUUAACAACUGUAUUUAAAUUUGAUAGUAUUUGAUAUUAUAACCUUAGUGCUUUAUAAA